AUGGCCCUGCUUAAAAUGUUGAAAACCAUGUUGAAGAAUGGUAAAUUCCAAAUCUUGAGCACCCUACGAAGAAGAAAUGGCAACUGGGUAUUUGCUCAAGGAAGCCCAUUUAUUGCCAUUUGUGUGUACACUUCGUUCCCUGUAAUGAAGAGUCUUCCCAAGGUUGGAAGCAGACGCCGCGUAGGACUCCGACGCCGCCGCGUAGGGUUUAAAGGGCACUGUGGGAAUAUAUCUGGUCUUGCAUUUUGCUUGAGUCCUUUAGUCCGUGCAAGAACAAAUUUGCACUUGCAUCAGAAGGGGUUUCCACAGGAGACGGUGGUCAUCGGCGACAGUAGGAUCCUAACGAAGUCAUAUCUCUCUAAUGCGUCGUCGUUUUGCAAGAAUGGGCCCCGAAAGCUCUGCUAUUUCGGGAGGUUCAAUCCAAAUCAUUAA